AUGCUGCCCCACUCCUGGCAGAAGAACACCCCAUUAAUUCGAACGGUGGUGAACAAGAGCGGAAUAAUCGAAAACGAGUUUCGAGUGCCCACGCUCGAGCUCAUCGCAGGCGAGGGCUCCUCCUCGCACCUCGAGACCUCCGUGAGGCAGCACGGCGCCACCUUCCACCUGGACUACGCGCGCGUGUACUGGAACUCGCGCCUGGAGCACGAGCACAAGCGCCUCGUGGACACGUUCUUCAAGAGAGGCGACGUGGUGGUUGACAUGUUUGCUGGGGUCGGGCCGUUUGCCGUGCCGGCUGCCAAGGCGGGGUGUGCUGUGCUUGCGAAUGACUUGAAUCCGGCGAGUGUGGAGUAUUUGAGGAGGAAUGUAAGGGUGAAUGGGGUGGAGGGGCGGGUGAAGGCUUAUAACGAGGAUGCGCGGGUGUUUGUGCGAGGGGUUCUGAAGCUGCCGGAACAGGAGGGAGUUGAAAUGGUGGCGAGAGGGGUGGAAGGCUUUUUGGAUGACGGGAAGGCAGGGGAGAAGGUAGGUGAUGGGGAGGCGGGAGGGAAGGGGCAGUUGCAGCAGGAAGAGGGGGAGAAUGGGGAGAGAGAGCAGCAAAGAGCAGCAGCAAGGGGGGUAAAGAGAGAAAGAGGCGAGCAGGGGGAAGGGGAGGGUAUGGAAGUGGAGGGUGUAGAGGGGGAGCAGAGAGUGGCAUUGGGGAGUGCAAGUGCGGGGCCAUGGGAGGCAGAGGCUGGGAGGGAAGCGGCUGAAGGGGUGACAGGGAGCGCAGGACAGGUGGCGAGAGAAGUGGGAGAGAAGGAUGGUGAGGGAAGGGAGGUUUCUGGAGGCGAUGGGGGUUGCGCGACAGCCGGCAGCCGAGAUGGAAGCGAGGAGGGAGUGGGGCAAGGGGCGGGCGAGGGAAUGCAGGGAGCGAACACGCAGGAGGGGAAAGCGGAGGGGGUGGCAGGAGGGAAGCAGGAGGAGCAGAAAGGGGGAAGGACAGGGAGAAAAGGCAAAGGGAAGAAGAAGGGAGGGAAGGGCGAGAGCAAGGACGGGGAGGGCAUUGAUGUGGCAUCAGUGGCGCCGUGGAGGCAUGUGGACCACGUGGUCAUGAACCUGCCUGCUUCUGCCAUCACCUUCCUGGACUCCUUCCGCGGCGCCUUCUCCCGCGCCCACUGGGAGGGCCCCCUGCCGCUCGUGCACACCUACUGCUUCCACCGCUCCGGCCACACUGCUGAGGCCGUCAUGCAGGAGGUGGAGCGGCACCUGGGCACUGCAGUGGAUGCUGCCACUUUGUCCAUCCACCCUGUUAGGAACGUGGCGCCCAAUAAGGACAUGCUGUGUGUGUCGUUUCGGCUGCCAGAAUCAGUUGCAUUUGCAGCCUCGUAG